GCGGGGAACUGGUUGGGGUAAUCGGCGGUUCUAUCAGGCCGAACAGCUGCGCCGUACGAUUCACGUCAACACCAGGGAUUACGCUGAUACGGAAUAAUUCUGAGCGCAUGCCAUGUAAAAAGAGUGUCGCUACCUUCGAUAUGAGUUCCCUCGCUCUCGUCCUUUUCACGGUCAUCACCUAGAGAGCUGUAGCUCUGCUUCUUUUCAUCAUGUUACUCUGCCGGGACAGUUCAGUUCUCUUUCUUGCGACAACCCUCCUUGCCAUUUGUCACGCUUCAGUCUUGGAGUUCGACUAUCUCAUAGUCGGCGCCGGGCCCAGUGGUCUCACAUUAGCAAAUCGGCUUUCAGAGCUUCCAAACAUCACCGUCGCAGUAAUCGAAGCGGGAGGAGAGGUAUACAACAACCCGAAUGUGACGAUCAUUGAGGACUUCACCCUCGCUGAAGGGACAUCAAUUGAUUGGCAGUAUGAAUCAACGAAUCAGACCUACGCCGCAGGGCAGAGGAUCGCAUAUCAUUCCGGCAAGGCUCUUGGCGGCUGCAGCACGAUCAACGGGAUGACAUAUAUUCGUGCCGAGAAGGCUCAGAUUGAUGCCUGGGAAACCAUUGGAAACAAAGGUUGGAACUGGGCGAAUCUGAUUCCGUACUAUAAGAAGAGUGAGCAUUUUGAUGCUCCUACUGCCGCGCAGACCAGAGCUGGGGCGUCGUACAUUGCUGUAGAUCAUGGCAGAGAUGGCCCACUGAAGGUUGGAUAUCCCUAUGGCCUGCUGAACGGGACAUUGCACGAACAAGUUGGACAAGCCUGGGGGGCUUUGGGGAUUCCUCAUAAUUCCGAUGUGAACGGAGGAAGCGUGCGUGGCUUUACUGUGUGGCAAAGCACCGUUGACCGAGAAGCCAACGUCCGGGAGGAUGCCGGAAGAGCGUAUUAUUACCCAGUUCAAAGUCGUCCAAAUCUUUCUGUGUUCCUCAACACAACUGUGAAUCGAAUUGUUUGGAAGGAUGGUGAUGAAGUUAUUGCGAAAGGAGUUGAGGUGACUUCUAAGAAUUGCAGUGUAAGUUCCCUGAACGCAAGGAAGGAGGUAAUUCUUUCAGCUGGAUCAUUGAGAUCUCCAGCUCUUCUUGAGCUUUCGGGAAUUGGAAAUCCAGCGAUAUUGAGCAAGUACGGGAUUCCCACCAAAGUAGAUCUUCCUGGAGUAGGAGAGAAUCUCCAAGAUCAGCCAAAUACCGCUAUUGUUCUCCAAACUAAUACCACGUAUAAUGGGACCACGGGAUACGUUGCUUUUAGCUCUGCCUCGGACUUCUUUGGAAACGUACCCAAUAACAGCAUCGCAGAUUGGGCUUUACAAGUAUCCAACGCCGUCAAUAAUUCUGUAAACGCAUCUGCCCUCGAAUAUCUAUUCAAAGUUCAACUUGGCCUCAUUUCGCAGGGUGUCCCUGACGCCGAAACGAUCAUCGGCACAACUGUAGAAGUAGGAGGAGUACCAAGGGCCAUCUUGGCUUCUGCCUUCUGGCUGCUCAUGCCGUUCUCUCGAGGGAACGUCCACAUAAGCUCACCAGACCCAUCAGUCUAUCCACAAAUCAACCCCAACUAUUUCCUGAUUGACUUCGACCUCGCCAUACAGAUUGCAAUCGCCAAAUGGGCGCGGAGGUUCUGGGCGACGCAGCCCGUGAGUGCCUUCACAGCCGAAAUAUCUCCUGGGUUCGAGGUUGUCCCUGCCAAUGCGACCGAUGAGCAGUGGGGAAGUUGGAUCAAACAGUCAUAUCUAGGUUCGGCCAACUCUCAUCCGCUGGGGACGGCGGCAAUGAUGCCGAAGAAGCUGGGCGGGGUGGUGGAUGCUCAGUUGAAGGUUUAUGGCACGGGAAAUGUGCGCGUGGUGGAUGCUUCGGUGAUGCCGUUUCAAGCAGCAGAUAUGAUCAAGGAGGAGAUGUAG